AUGUGCCAGAGCGAAUGGAUGGACUUUCGAAGUCAGUAUAGCAGCUUCGUCUCCCUCCAAACCACCCCUCUCUGGACGGGCGGCCUGGACAACACGGUCAGGUCCUGGGACCUGCGCGAGGGGCGGCAGCUGCAGCAGCACGACUUUACCUCCCAGAUCUUCUCCCUUGGAUACUGCCCAACUGGGGAGUGGCUGGCCGUGGGCAUGGAGAGUAGCAAUGUGGAAGUUCUUCACGUAAAUAAGCCUGACAAGUACCAGCUGCAUCUCCAUGAGAGCUGCGUGCUGUCCCUAAAAUUUGCUUAUUGUGGUAAGUGGUUUGUAAGUACUGGCAAAGACAACCUCCUCAAUGCUUGGCGGACCCCCUACGGAGCUAGUAUAUUCCAGUCCAAAGAGUCCUCGUCCGUGCUGAGCUGUGACAUCUCUGUGGAUGAUAAGUACAUAGUCACUGGCUCAGGGGACAAGAAGGCUACAGUCUACGAAGUCAUCUACUGAAAACAUGAUGUGGUUUAACUUUUAGAGUUGAAUCGGGCCAAAAUGUUUUGAAUUUGUAGAAAUAGAAAAGUUGUAACUUUAAAAGGAGAAAAAAAAAACAAACCACGAAAACCUGUUUCCAAACCUUGACACAAAACUACUUUGAGUCUACAAAGAGGAGGCGACGAAUCCAUCAACUGAAGGUCACCCAUCUACCUAGACCAAACGGAGCACCAAGGCAGAGUGGACAGAGGGGCCAAGGGGAGUAGGCAGAGCCUCUUCUUUCCUGUCUGUGUGAUCUGCCGAGAUUACCUUCCUGUUCCUUGCAGUUCUCCUCACCGUCUGUGCUUGGUAGAGCAGUGGUGUCUCCAAUGAACUUGUUUCCUGGUUUUGCAUCUUGUGAAAUGUUUUUUUGUAUUUUUGUUGAAGGUUAAACAUUUGUAUAAAUUGUAAAUAUAUUUGGUUUAUUACAGUAAAGGCUUUAGUACCAAUAA